GAGAAGCCAUAUGGGAUUGUUUACAGCACCGCGAGGCCCGCUGGAGGAGGAAACCCGGGCUCUGAAUGCGUCCAUGUAAGAUGCUGCGAUCAUUAACGCAACGAGUAACGCAACGCAUUUCCCCCGAUUCAGUCCCCCUGUGAUAAAGUAGUCAUUUUGGGGGGGUCGUUUGAAUGUGUUUAGGUUUAGUAUAAACCCAUGCGGUAGCCAUAGUAAUGGUUUGCCUGGGAUGAAUCCGGAUGGGCGCACUCUGCUGGAAAUGGAAAGAUUAAACCUAUUCUCCAUCACUGAGGCUCGUUUUUAAACACGUUUCCCAGUGGUUCGUUGAAAGACUUAACAGGCACGUCAUAUGUUGUUAAAACAAGUGUUAUCUAUGAUGCGAUGAGGCUUCCUUUGAUCUGUGCGGCCCAUCUCUGCUAGAGGAAAACACUGAGGUUCGGAAAGUUCAACCAUGCCGAGCUCUCGCCUCAGCGCUGGCUGCGUGGACUACUGGGUGGACGGCUCACGCAGAGAUGUCUCCUUGGAGGAGUUCUACACCAUGGGCUCAGAGCUGGGGAGAGGGGCCACAUCAGUUGUGUUUCGCUGUGAAGAGAAGCAAACAGAGAAGCCCUAUGCCGCCAAGGUCCUGAAGAAGACUAUCGACAAGAAAAUUGUGAGAACAGAAAUUGGAGUUCUACUGCGUCUUUCCCAUCCAAACAUUAUUCGCCUGAAAGAGAUCUUCGAGACGGAAACAGAGAUCUCGCUAAUCCUAGAGCUCGUCACUGGCGGGGAACUUUUUGACAGGAUUGUGGAGAGGGGGUACUACAGUGAGCGAGACGCUGCUCAUGUAAUCAAGCAGAUCCUGGAGGCAGUGGCGUACUUGCACGAAAAUGGGGUCGUUCACAGGGACCUCAAACCAGAAAACCUGUUAUAUGCUGACCUGUCAAUAGAUGCUCCUCUCAAGAUAGCUGACUUUGGCCUCUCCAAGAUAAUAGACGAGCAAGUGACGAUGAAGACGGUGUGUGGCACUCCUGGUUACUGCGCUCCUGAAAUUCUCAGAGGCAAUGCUUACGGCCCAGAGGUAGACAUGUGGUCCGUGGGAGUGAUCCUGUAUAUACUGCUGUGUGGGUUCGAACCGUUUUUCGAUCCAAGAGGAGAUCAGUACAUGUACAGCCGCAUCCUCAACUGUGACUAUGAGUUUGUCUCCCCCUGGUGGGAUGAGGUCUCCCUCAAUGCGAAGGAUCUGGUCAGUAAGCUUAUAGUUCUGGACCCUCACAAGCGUCUGAGUGUGCAGCAGGCGCUGGAGCAUCCGUGGGUGCUUGGCAAAGCAGCACGCUUCUCCCACAUGGACACCACGCAGAGGAAGCUGCAGGAGUUUAACGCUCGCCGCAAACUGAAGGCUGCCAUGAAAGCUGUGGUGGCAACAAGCCGCAUGCAUGAGGGUUCAAGACGCCGCACUGACAGUUGUGAGAUCCCCAGCUCUGACAAGAACUCACGGCAGUGCAGCUUGCCAAAAGACGCACCCAUGGACACCCAGAGUCAAUCUGUGCCUGUUGAAGAAGGCAUGGACAAGACUGAGAAGAAGGAGGCAUCACAUGACACAAGUUCCCCCAUCCACACACCCCUGAGCCCCAAAUCAUCCACUCUGACCAUGGGAACCAUGUUGACCAGGCCACCCCUGAAGGCAGAGGGGCUGAUACAGACCUCAGUCAUGGCCAUGGCUCCAGUAGUCCGGCCCAGGGUGCCAAAGAAAAGCUGCUCGGUGGAUCUUGGUGUUAAGCAUGAGCCCUUGCCGGUCCUUGCCAGCCCACCCAGCCCUAAAAGCAUGAGCAAUGGCUUUGUCGAGACUGGAAACAGCACAGCAGAGUGUCAAUGAGUGCAGGUGAUCCAAAGGAAUCUGGAAUGCUGACCUGAACUGUCAUCCUGCACAACCUGUCAUCUCACUACUCUGUUGAACCGAUGAAGCCUCUCGGAUAAGUAGUUAUAUGUCUUAAAAUUAUACUACAAGUCCAGUUUACUUGACUUACUACAACUAGACAUUUGAAAUGUCCUGGAAAACUUUCAUUAAAGACACAAACUGUGUUAGAAUGAAUGGCAUUAUAAGGAGGAUGACACAUCUGUUGGUAGAUUGUAGUUAAUACUGUAGAGAAAAGGCACAAUAUAAAAGACAUGGGCCUAAAAAAGAUGUUUGUAAUUUUUCUUUUCUCUUUCCCGUUUACAAAUAUUAACAUUGAUCUUUUGGCUCUCCAGAACAAUGAACUCUUUCUGAAAAAGUACACUUUCAAAUUCCCCCUAAUGUUAUGUUACUACUAGAGCUAAGACACUGUAACAAGCUUGUUUGCGUUGCAUGCUAGUACCUAUAUACAUGAAAGUGAAUUUCUUACCUUGGGAUUCAUUUCUGGGGUUUUUUGUUUGUUUUGUUUUUUUAGAAUGUGCAAACAAAUUAAGAGACUAAUGCUCAUGGUUAGUUUCUCUUAACUAGCAAAGAGGUAAAAAAAAAAAAAAAGAAUAACGUGUUUGUGGAAUGAAUAUUGUAAAAGUAUAUCUUUUUUUUUUUUUUUGCAGAUGAUUGGAUCUAAGACUUAGGGUUUAUAUUGUACAUACUCUUUUAAAGUAGAGAAAUUUAAAUAUUAAAUUAUCCUUACAAUAAUUUGCUCAUUCGGCUCUGCGUAGCGGUCAAGACUAACAUCCUUUCCGAUAUUAUAUUCAGCUGAAUUCUGAGUAUUUCUUUUGCUGAAACAUAAUGAUUUUCCUCUAAGGGAAAUAUUCUAAUGACUGGAAGUGAUGACAGUCUCAAAAGCCUUUCUGCUUGAUCUAUUUACUCAUAACCAUGUACAACCAUGUAAAGCUCUACAGAAUGUAUAUAACGCCGCUUCAUAAUCUUGCAAGAUUGUAAUUGCAUAAAUUAUGUUAAGCCUUUAGCUCUACUCAUGUUGCUGCGGUGUUUAGAUUCUGUUGUAUUUUUUUGACAUGAAGAUUCACGUUGCUCUGUUUUCAGAUGUACGUCACAACCACACUUUCUACCUCUUUCUGUGCAGGGGCUUACAACCUUCCAAA